UAAACAAAGAUCAAGAAGUGGGAAUAGGGAGUCCAAAGCAGUGGUCGUUUGAGCUUUGAUCAGAGAGUCGGGCAAUUUGAUUACACCAGAAGAAUUAAUCUGCAACUCAGACUGUGAUACAUCUGAAUUCCCUUCAAUUUUCUUAUUGAUUGAAAAACCGUCUGGGAUCCGCCGGAGGGAUCGCAGAGACUGGCACCGGCGUAGCCAUGGAUGAUAUGGAGGAUUCUUUGUUCGAGGGUAUGGUCCUUUUUGACCCUUCUUCAUCAUCCUCUUCUUCUCAAUUGCCAGUAGAUGAUGAUAAGAAGCAGGGUGGUGCUGUUGAACUACCCAAUCAUCGUGAAAUUAGUCAGCAACCUCCUCAAUCCCCUACUUCCGCCGCCACAACCACCGCCGGAGCUUCAUUUGAGCCCCUGGAUGAAAACCUCUUCUCGGAUCUAACUCUCAUACAACCCCAAUCUCAAGAAGACGCCUAUUCCUCCCUCGACCCUCCUCUUUCGCCGUCAUCAUCAUCAUCGCGCAGUACUAUUGAUGUUCCCACAACAACAUUUGCAUCGCCAUCACAAUUGUCAACCGCCAUAGAUUCCACCAGUGUUAGUGAUAGUAGAGGAGUUGUCUCCCCUGCCCGAUCGCUCUCAUCACAGAUUUCCUCCACCAGAAAGAAGAAGAGAGCUGGUCUAAGGAUCGGAUAUGGUAGAGCAGCCCAGUCACAAGAUUCCACCAUUGAUGCUGAUGAUACGCAGCCACAGAUCCGUCUCCCAUCUCCAUCCAUAUCCCCAUCUCCAUCCCUGCCCCCCUCUCCAUCACUUCCCAUUGUUGCUGCUGAAAAAAAUCUUGAACCAGGAGAAGAAAAGCAGCAAAUCCUUCCUGAUUCUGGAAGUGGUUCCGUUUCAACUGUGGCAGAAGCAACCACCUCAGCAGUUGAAGAACGGAUCAAGAUAAAUGAAGCCAUUCCCAAUUCAGAGUCCGUGGACUCUACAUUGAAGAAUACACCACAAGAAGAGGAGAUUACAGAAUUGCAAAGUAGGGAGAAUUCAGUGGAGUUUAGAUAUGACCAAAUUAAGAAACAGAUUGCUGACAAACUCAAUGGUGCUCACCAAGCAGUAGCUUCUGUGUCAGCCAAACGCAAGGAAUCCAUUAGGAAGAGAAGGAAAGCAGAGGAGGAGCUGAAUCUUGCAUCUGCAAAGCAUAAAGAAAUGGAGAAGGAGCUGGAGGAAGCUGUGGAGUCUGAGGAUUUUGAGACUGCAGAAAGGGUCAGUGAUAGUCUUGCAUCAGCUGAGAGGAACAAGGAGCUUCUUUCUGUUGCUUUGAGAGAUGCUGAAGCCGACUGUGAUGCCAUUGAUUCCAAGAUGCAGGAGGCUUUGGAAUUGCAAAUUGUAACUGAAGAGGAAUGUGCAGCUCUGCUGCAAAGCUUUGUGGUGGAUGCUGAUCAUGAGGCAGAUGCUGUCAUCUCAAAUGCUGAAACCAAAACUUCAGCAGAAAUGGAGAAAUGGAUUUCAUUAUCCGAAGCUUUAGAGGUGAAAAGAAUAGAAAUAGAAAUCGAAUCACAUGUUCUUUCAGGAGCUCGACAAGUGUUAGAUGAUUCCAUAGAACAAGUAGUCAAGGAAGACAGAGAAGAAAGCAAUCUCCUUCACAACAAAAAGAACAUAUUAGCAGAAGAACUGCAGGAGUUACUAUCUUUAGUAAAACAAAAGGAAUCAGAAAUAGCAGAAAACGAUUCAAAGAUCGAAGUAAUUGAGAAAAAGAUAGCUGAUGUAACCUCUAGCUUCCAGGAAGCACAAUCAACCAUUCAUUCAAAGUCCAAUGUUCUUCAAUCAAAUCUUUCUGAAAUCGAAUCAGAUCAUGAAUCUUUAUCUAGAAAAAAGAAGGAAAUUGAUGACUUCCUUAUUCAAGAAGAAACCAAAGGUUCAAAAAUCAAGGAACUUAGCCGCAUUUCUGCAAAUGAAGCUGAAAUGUAUAAAGAAGUUGUAAACCUGAGAAAAAGUCUAGUAAAUUUCAUCUCAAAAUCACGUGAAGAGAAAGCAAGAUUAGCUACAAAUGAACAAAAGUUAUUUGAUGAUGUGCAAAUCUUCAAACAAGAUAUUUCUUCUGUAAGAGCUUCACUUCAGGAUCUGUCAUCAACAAAAUCAGGAACCCAACAGGAGAUAGAAUCAUCAAAACAGAGGCUUGUGUUCAUAGACAAAAGAAUACCAGAAUUAGAAUCUGAAAAGAAAGUUGCUGCAACUGCAAGAAACUUCAAGGAAGCAGCAAGGAUAGCAAAUGAGGUAAAGACACUGAAUCUUGAAAAGGAAACUUUACAGACUAAAAUAGAGGAAGCUGUUUCUGAACUUAAGAAGAUAGAAGAUGAUAUCAGUGAGAGUGUGGAGAGACUAAAGGAAAAAGAAGAGAAAAUUUUGAAUAUGGAAAAGGAAUUGGAGAUGGUGAGAUACCAAAGGUUGCUUCUUGUUGGCAAUGGUGCUAGAGGUGAAAGAUUGGCAGCUAUGGAGUUUGGUGAUGUUAAAGAAGGUGAGAUUCUGUUGAAGGAAGCUGAAGCUGCUGAUUCUGAAGCUAGAAAGAUUGAAGGGAAUUGUAGUAAAGAGGAAAGUGUUGUUAUUUCCAUGGAACUUGUUUCCAGUCUUGAUAGGAAUCAGCUAUCGGAAUUGGUGGCAUCUAUUCAGAUUGUGGAAUCAUGAUGUGAUGCAAGAAUUUUUGUUUCUCAUCAUCCCAAUUUUAGUGUUGGUAUUUUUGACUUCAAAUCUUUUCAUUGAAUUUUUGUUUGUCUGUGAUUUCUAUACAGUGUGUGUGUUGUAUAAACCAUUGAACUUCUUUCCAUUUUCUAUUUUUUUUUUGUCAUACAAUAGUGUGGAGGGAAGUCACCUUUCUUUUUGAGCUUGUAAGAACUCGAAUUCAAUUCUUAAAUCAACUUUCAAGGCUUAUUAUGCAUA